AUGAGUGGAAAAGAUACUUUUAUGGGUGGAGAAGAUGUAGGUGCUAUAAUUUUUGAUAUUGGUAGUUAUAUGACUAAAGUAGGUUAUGGUGGUGAAGACUGCCCAAGACAAGUAUGGCCAUCUGUUAUAGGGAUAAAUGAAGAAAAGAAAUAUUAUCCACUAAAUUUUUUAAGUUAUCGUGAAAAUAUAUCAGUUGAGCCAUGUUAUAAUAUUGUUAAUAAUGAUAUACAAUUAAAUACACAAGUAUUUGAAGAUAUUAUUGAAAUAUCAAGUGGUAAAUAUGGAUUAGGAAUAUUAAUUAAUGAACAUCCUAUAUUAUUAACAGAACAGACUAAACAUAAUAGGAUUUUAAGAGAAAAAGAGGUAGAAAUAUUAUUUGAAAAAUUUGAUGUACCAGCUUUAUAUUUAGCUAAAAGAGCUGUUUUAAAUGCUUUUGCUGUUGGAAGGUCAUCAGGAUUAAUUGUAGAUAUUGGUGCUGCUUUUACAUCUAUAUCCCCCGUUAUUGAUGGUUAUACUUUACAAAAGUGUACAUUUGAAUAUCCUAUAGCUGGAGAUUUUUUAGAUAAACAAAUAUGUAAAUAUUUAAAACAAGAUAAACAAUUAGAUAUUAUACCAAAUUUUGCAAUUAAAAAAACUGUUUAUAAGGAUAGAGCUCCAAUAUAUAAUUCUGUAGAUUUAUCAAAUGUUCAUAAUUCAUAUAUUAACUAUGGGAAAAAAGAAGUUUUAAGAAAUAUUAAAGAAUCUAUUUGUCGUUGUGCAGAAAAUGAGGAAUUAGCUAAAUCAAAUACAUCAUUAGCUACAUCUACAUUUGAAUUACCUGAUGGUACAUUAAUUGAUUCAGAACCAAUAGGUAUAAGAGUAUCAGAAUGUUUAUUUAAUCCAGAAUUUGCAAUUUUAGAUAAUAAUAAUAAUAUAAAACAUAAUUUGGAUAAUUAUCCAGGUUUAUGUAUUGCUAUUGCAAAUACUGUUAUUGCUAGUGAUAUUGAUAUAAGAAGAGAUUUAUUAGGUGCUGUUAUUUUAACUGGUGGUACUUCUAUUUUACCAGGAUUAACAGAUAGAAUAUCUAGAGCACUUAUUGAAGAUGAUAAAUUAUUGGGUGGUCCAAAAUUAAAGAUAAUUUCACCAAAUACAACAAAUGAAAAAAGAUUUUCUUCAUGGAUUGGUGCAAGUAUAUUAGCUUCUUUAGGAACAUUUCAACAGAUGUGGAUGAGUAAACAAGAAUAUUUAGAACAUGGUUCUCAUUUAGUUGAAAGGAAAUGUGCUUAG